UUUCAAUGAUAUAUUCACCCAGAGACCUCGCAAAGACGAUAGAACAACAAACACAUUCACUAGCUUGAGAUUCAUCAAACACUAACUUAUCUGGUCUGAGCCCUUGAUAUAUCGGGCGAUCUCGCCGCGCCAUGGGUUGCUCUUCCUCUCUUCCAGAUAAGGGUCCUGGGCAGCUUGCAGAUUUGAAUCAUGGAAACGCUGGAGCAGGAGCAAGUGACUCAAAAAACCUACGGGCAAAGCUGGUGUUGUUGGGGGAUUCUGGUGUUGGAAAAAGUUGUAUUGUUCUUCGCUUUGUCCGUGGUCAGUUUGACCCAAUUUCCAAGGUAACUGUAGGAGCUUCAUUCUUGUCACAGACUAUAGCCAUGCAAGAUUCUACCACAGUUAAGUUUGAAAUAUGGGAUACUGCUGGCCAGGAGAGGUACGCUGCAUUAGCACCACUUUAUUACCGAGGAGCUGCUGUUGCAGUUAUUGUUUAUGAUAUAACAAGUUCAGAGUCAUUUAACAAAGCUCGGUACUGGAUUAAGGAACUACAAAAUCAUGGAAGCCCCGAUAUUGUAAUGGCUUUAGUGGGAAACAAAGCUGAUCUUCAUGAGAGUAGAAAAGUGCCGGUUCAAGAUGCUAGGGAUUAUGCGGAGAAGAAUGGAAUGUUCUUUAUUGAGACAUCUGCAAAGACAGCUGAUAAUGUCAAUCAUCUAUUUGAGGAAAUUGCUAGACGGCUACCCCGGGAACCGUCUUCGUAAUAUUAUGGAGUGAUGAAAUUCAUAAUUACUAAAAACCCAUUGAGCUGGGG